AUUGAAAAAGCAAAGCAAAACAAAACAAAGCCAGUCUGGAAAUUUCGGUUUGGGUUGUUUUCACUGUUUUGCUUUGUUAAUUACUUUCAGAGCUCUUUUAAACGCCAUUUGGACAUGAAUGGACAAACAAGCAAGCCGUUCAAACAACGAAAAAGCUUUUCUGCAAGGAAAAGAGAUUCGGAGUCGAUCAUUCGGCAGUAUCCCGACAAAGUUCCGGUAAUUGUAGAAAGAUUGAAAACGGAGAAACACUUACCCAUUCUAGACAAAAUCAAGUAUUUAGUUCCGUCAGAUCUCACCAUGAGUAGCCUGUCAAGCAUCAUACGGAAAAGACUUCAGUUAACUCCAACCCAAGCAUUCUUCCUUAUUGUGAAUGAAAAAAACUUGGUCAGCAUAUCCAUAACUGUUGGAGAAGUUUACAAAGACGAGAAAGAUGAAGAUGGAUUCAUCUACAUGGUGUAUGCCUCGCAAGAAACCUUUGGUUCUUCGGCUGUAUAGUUUUGCUUUACUUAUUUUGUGUUGUGGUACAAACACUUUGUAAAUGUACAGUCAUGUAAAUUAGUUAACUUUAAGAGUGGGUUAAUAAAUUUAUCUACUAUGGAAAUUAUAUCUAGACAGUUCUAAACUGGACUUGUGAAUGUGUAUCAUAGACUUUUCAGAGGCUCAAUACUACACGUACAUGUACAUCUGUAGCUUUGUUUAAUGAUGGCAUAAUGUACUUUGAAUUAUGUAUAAAAGUUCUGUGAUCAGAUGAAUAGGGAUUUUGAACAGGAUACAGAACAUGCAUAUAUGGUACUCUUUAGACUUUUGGGAAGUAUAUAUACGCUACAAUUUGCUAUUUUCACUUAAAAAAUAACCAACACAAGUAUUGUCUUUUAACCUUUUUUUUCUUCACAAUUCUCCAAAGAAGAUUCAAUUCUGAUCUGGGAUAGGAUGGGUAGAGACUGGGAAUUAUUUGCAAGAAGUAAGUGGGUUAAGAGUUUUUAAACUUGUGGAUCUUCAAAGCUGUUUUGAUUACUUUUAAUUAACAUGCAUGCAUAAAUUUACAACGUGACUUAUUAAUAUUGCAAAUCUGAUUCAAAGACCAUGCUUCUUUUGAAGUCAGCGGUAUGUAAUUGCUAAUUAAAUUAGUGAAAGUAAUUAGAUGAAACAGUACACUGGCUUCCUGGGAAAAUUAUUUGACAACUGAUGGACCGAAUGACGCAAUAAUUUCUGUAAUUGGCCCUUUUCCAAUCUAUAAUAAAUAACUAUAAUAAAUGACAACAUUAAAUCAGAGUACCUAAAUUAAUGAUAUUAAAUUCCCAGUGAAAGGUGUAAUUUGCAGACAUUAAAGGAAACACUUAAAUUGAA